ACCGGUCUUUGAAGGCCUAGCAGCAGCAUUCAUGGUGAUAUUCGGAAUCAGCAUCGUCGACUACCUAUAGUCCACUCGGUUUCGUUGAAAAAGCGAUUUAUCAGUUGGGGUACUUCCCUCGUGAGUGUUUUGUUAACGAUCAAGGUAGUGGUUUAUAAUUGGAGAGAGAUAAUCUUGUCUACUGGUACGAAAGUUAAGAUUACUACAGCUGAAUUGCUUGAUAAAUGCAUAAUCAAUAUCCUCUCUUUUGAAACAGAAAAUAACUGCAGCAUAACAUUUCAUGUUAUUCUUACAGUUUGCAUUGUCUAUAGAAACACAGUAACUAGUUUUUCCACCUGUACAUUGGUAUGUAAGUGAAUGAAAAUGCUCUAGUCCUCUUCGAAAACGACAGAAGAUAUCAUUUCUAGACAGUUGAAUAUUAAAAUGAUGUUGAAAAAUGGAAGUGAACUUGGAUAAUUCAUUUCUAUCUAAUCAAAAAUAAAACAAAUUUAUGUCAAAAACCUUUUGUUUGGAAGUGGAAAUAGAAAAGCGUGAAGCGUUCUAUGCAAAUGGCUGCGAGCUAGUGUUUGCUCCUAACCGAUGAGCCCGCUUUAGUAUUUCAGCUAUUAAAAAUUUCGAAGUCCCAAAUUUUGGGCGCCCUACUUUACAACCGAUUUACCCAAAAACUAAAAAAAAACUGAUUUCAUAUUAGAACUCUGCAAAAUGUCGUUUUUCUGAAUUUCUACUAAUUUGAGUUCAGAAUAUUAAUCAGAAAAUCAUUGGGGAGUUGGGGAAGCACAAACAAUCUGCGACUUUCAUAUGAAAACCAAUAAGCCGGCUGUAGUCAUUUCACGUUCUCUUCCUCGGUCGGCUUAAGAAGCUCGAAAGUUUCCUUUUUCUCUAGCUAUCACGCUCAUUUUCCAAGUUUUUUAGAAAUUAAGUUAUGCAGCACUAGCAACUUUCGGUUCGACAUCAAAACGGUGCUCAGUUGUGUCGCUAAAGGUAACGUGUGAACUAACAACCUUUUACGCAUUUCGAUGUGUGAAAGCUGAAUAA